AGUAGGGUUAGGUUCUAAUUUUUUGCCUCGUGUAUUUGGUUGGUGCCAUAAAGAAGUGCUGUGCUGGUCUCUAAUUUAUUUAAUAUUUCUUUUCUACACCGAGUUUUGCGGAAGUAUUAAUAAGAAUGUCAUAUGCGGUUGUGACCUUUUUAAACAAUGAUGAUGAGGAGACGGACGAGUAUUACAGUUCAGAAAUCCCCAUGUCAUGGUUAUGCGAGAACAAUACAAAAUGUUGGUGGCCUGCACAAAGUAAAAAUGUAACUUCCCUCAUUACGAGAGAAGUUCCCCCCAAUACCGACAAAUGGGAUCUCGAAGAAAUAAAAGUAGACAUACUUGGUGUUUCCUUGGAAAAGGCGCGAAAGUUAGCGGAUAACCUUGACUACGUGUCUACCGAUGAUGCAGAAAAAGGAAGAGGGAAAAGAAAGGUUACUCAGCCAACCAAGCUUCUGUCUGAUGAUGAUUCAGAACCUCAAAUUUCUUCUAAGAGUUGGAGACAAUUUACUAAUAUUGCGUUGCCACCCCAAUUACCAAGUUGUUCAUCAAACAAUCUUUCACAAGCUGAAGGUGUAACACCUCAUGUCAACAUUGCGAGAAUGCCUAUUAUUAUACCAGAACCGCUAGAAAAUACAUUUAUUGAACUGGAGAUUGACAACAAUAAUGUACAUGUUGAUACAGCAGAAAAUACUAACAUAUUCCAAGGUACUAGAAUAAUUUCAAGUGGAUCUAAUGUGGAGGGAAGAGAUUCUAUUACUACUAUUAUUCAAGAACACAACCUGAAGAUGUCAAGAAUGUUUGUAUCUAUUAGCAUGUCAUUGAAAAACAUUGACCAAAGAUUAGAGACUUUAGAAAAGGGCGCUCAAAUUGACAACUCUACUAACUCUGAAGGAUUAGAAAUUUUGAAACAGUAUUUUCCAAUCCUAAACAUUGAAGAUAUUACCAAUUUUGAUCGCGUAAUAAGUUCUAAUAAAGAAGUUGCCACUCACUUCAAGAAAUAUAUAAAAGGGAUCGGAGGACAUUCAGCAAAAGAUAAUUUGAAUAGAAUUUUAAGAAAAAUUUUUUCAAAUGCAUGUGCCAUGCAUUGUUCAUGGAUGGGACGCAAAAACAAUUUUGGUGUGCACCAAUUACAUUUCAUAACGAUAAUCAAAGAAACUGUAUGUUCAACAUUUUCUUCUAUGAAGGAGAAUGACUUUGAAAAGGCAUGUGGAGAAUGGUUUCGCUUCGCCAAACAGCGCCACAAUCGCGAAAAAUAAACACUUUUAUUUAGUUGUUUACUGACCUUCAUUGUAACAUUGAUUGUAGAAUGU